AUGUACUACGUGGGUAUUGACACAGACAAGAAAUUUAACGUUCCCGGGUUUUGGCCAGAUCCAGACACCUUGAACAAGAUUCCAAAAGAACCGUACGAGAUACAGGCCGAGCUGGCCCGGAUGAAUGCCGCCAGAGCUGAAAAGAGACGCCGGCUGGAAGAAAAAGCUGCCGAGCUGGCGUACCUAUUUGGAUUGCUGUUCACCUCCAAUUACAUCCUCAAUUUCAUUGUCAUUAUGCUUCUGCUCGCAUCGGACUUUUGGAACGUCAAAAAUAUAGCCGGCCGGCUGAUGGUUGGGCUCCGCUGGUGGAACGAGGCCAAUGAGCUUGGCCAGUCCGUGUGGGUGUUCGAAACCGCAGAUCCUAACAGAUAUAUCAACCCAAUUGAUUCCAAGGUGUUUUGGACUUUAUUAUACACGACUCCAUUUUUAUGGCUGGUCCUUGGAUUCGUGGCUGCUCUCAAAUUCCAAUUCCUCACCCUCAUCCUGGUCGUCAUGGCUAUUGUUCUCACAUCAAUUAAUGCUCUUGCGUACACCAAGUGCGACAAGUUCGGCAAGGCCAACAACAUCGCCAACGACGUGGCCGGUUCCGUGGCCAGCGGCCUGUUCGGAAACGUGGGCGGAGUAUUCACAAGACUGUUCUCGAGGUUACCGUUCUGGAUCAGAUUGAUCAGAUCGGCUUUCAACCAUUCGGCAGCAGUCUUGCCCUGCCGCAGGACUUCCUCCAUGUUUGGCUCGUUCUCCACCACCAGGAUCCGAGUCUCGAUCACGUUCCGCACAGCGCUACCAUACUUGUCCUUGGACAUCAGGACCUCCUGA